GUGGAGGGGGCUGUUUUCUGUUCUUUCACCACCACACAGUUGUUUAACGUGAGAGACCGGGGAUCCUGUAAACUGGCGAGGUGAUGUGUUUCGGGCGGGGGACGGCGGCGGCGUUCCUGCUGCUGCUGCCGCCGUCGUCUCUGGAACCGCUGGAGAAGGAAGACGAGGAAGAGGCGGUGGCGGCGGGGGCUGGGAUCGAGAAUAGCUGUUGCCCGGCGGGCCCGGGCUCGGCGGCGACGGAUGCCACGGAGGAACGUGCGGCUGCCCGGUGUAGCUGCUCUUUUCUGGAAGACGGCUGCUGCCUUCGGGAAGACGGUGGGGACCGCCGAUCGCGGAGGCCGAACUACAGAGGCAGCGACAAUCCGGAGAAGUCACGGCAGCCCUGAAAUGCAUUCCUCUUUCCCUCCCCGUCAGCGGCCAUGUUAACCACCAGGAAACCGUCUGCCAGUGUCGCUGGUGCUAGUGCCGGUGGGGCCGCCUCGGCCGCCGCCGCUUGCCCAGCCGGGAGCAGGGGAGGAGGAGAAAGUAGCCGCCAGUUCCAGCCUUCCCCGGGGAUCGGCGCUGGAGGGACUUCCCGGACGGGUGCUGGGACCGGACCGCCGUCCCCGAUCGCUUUGCCGCCGCUGAAGUCCAGCAACGCAGCCCACACGGUUGGUGGAAAUAAGCACACCAUGAAUGAGCAUCUACAUGUUACCAGUCAUGGGCAGAUCCAACAGCUCUUUGAAGAUAAUAGUAACAAAAGGACAGUUCUAUCCACACAACCAAAUGGGCUUGCAACACUAGCAAAAUCAGGACUGCCAAUGGUACAAGAUAGGCAACUUGAGAGCUGUCAUAGGCGUCAAGGGAGCUACAACUUGAAAUCUACCGAAGGGCCAGGAAAGAUAAAAGCUACUCCCAUGACUCCUGAGCAAGCAAUGAAGCAAUAUAUGCAAAAGCUAACAGCCUUUGAGCAUCAUGAGAUCUUCAGCUACCCUGAAAUAUAUUUUGUGGGUCCAAAUGCAAAGAAAAGGCAAGGUGUCAUUAGUGGUCCAGACAAUUGUGGAUAUGAUGAUGACCAGGGAUCUUAUGUGCAAAUACCCCAUGAUCAUAUAUCUUACAGAUAUGAAGUUCUUAAAGUUAUAGGAAAAGGAAGUUUUGGACAAGUGGUAAAGGCAUAUGAUCACAAGAUGCAUCAACAUGUUGCUCUGAAGAUGGUGAGAAAUGAGAAGCGUUUUCACCGCCAAGCUGCAGAAGAGAUUAAAAUUCUGGAGCACCUUAAAAAACAGGACAAAGAUAAUAACAUGAAUGUUAUACACAUGCUGGAGAACUUCACAUUCCGCAACCAUAUAUGUAUGACAUUUGAGUUGCUGAGCAUGAACCUUUAUGAGCUCAUUAAGAAAAAUAAAUUUCAGGGCUUUAGCCUGCCUUUGGUUCGUAAAUUUGCCCACUCCAUUUUGCAGUGCUUGGAUGCUUUGCACAAAAACAGAAUAAUUCACUGUGACCUUAAACCAGAAAACAUUCUGUUAAAACAACAGGGUAGGAGUGGCAUUAAAGUGAUUGAUUUUGGUUCUAGCUGUUAUGAGCACCAGCGCGUCUAUACAUAUAUCCAAUCACGUUUUUACCGUGCUCCUGAAGUCAUCCUUGGUGCUCGAUAUGGGAUGCCAAUAGACAUGUGGAGCCUGGGCUGCAUUCUUGCUGAACUCUUAACAGGCUAUCCUCUCUUACCAGGAGAAGAUGAAGGGGAUCAGCUGGCUUGUAUGAUAGAACUCUUGGGCAUGCCUUCCCAGAAGCUACUGGAUUCAUCAAAAAGAGCAAAAAAUUUUGUGAGCUCCAAGGGUUACCCUCGAUAUUGUUCCAUUACUACCUUGUCUGAUGGUUCUGUUGUGCUUAACGGUAGCCGUUCCAGGCGGGGCAAAUUGCGUGCCCCCCCAGAGAGCCGAGAAUGGGGGAGCGCAUUGAAAGGAUGUGAUGAUCCGCUCUUCCUUGACUUUUUGAAACAGUGUUUAGAGUGGGAUCCAAUGCUGCGUAUGACACCCAGUCAGGCUUUACGGCAUCCAUGGCUCAGGAGACGUUUGCCAAAGCCGCCAACUGGGGAGAAGACUUCAGCAAAAAGAAUAACGGAAAGCACUGGUGCUAUCACAUCCAUUUCCAAGUUACCUCCAACUUCAAACUCAGCUUCAAAACUGAGGACUAAUCUGGCACAGAUGACGGACGCCAAUGGGAAUAUUCAGCAGAGAACAGUGUUGCCAAAGCUUGUGAGCUGAGGUUUGAAUAAUCUAAUGCUGAUUAAGAGAAAGAAAGAGAGAGAGAGAGAGUGCGCAAUUAUGUUGCUGAGCCUUAUUCACAUGAAAAAGAAGCUCAAAUUUCUAUUUUUAUUUGAUCAAUACCUUUAAACAUUUGUAUUUUUUCAUUGAUUACUUUAAAUGUGUUAAGCACUGUUUUGAUUUUAUAAAAAACAACAUGGGGACAAUGGUUUAAGUUUUUACACUUUUUAAAAUGAAAUGUUUCUCUUGUAAACAACAAUUAGCCUUAUUGUGGAAUUAGUAUAGCACAACGGUGUGUCAGUGGCAGGCCACUGGUUACUAUCUUAGCUUGAUAUUUUUAGCUAGGUGAGGAAAGGAGUAAAUUCCUUUUCCUUAUCAUGGUUUUUCUUAGGAGUGAAUUUUAAUACUUUCUUAUCAUUGCUUUUGUUAUAGCAGCUAGGUUCCAUUCCUAUAAGCAUUUCUUCAUAUUUUCAUGCAAUGAUCUAGAAAAUAUUCAGGGCUAUAAGUGAGGUUUUGCAUGACUGUUUGUGGUUCUGUCUGUAGUAUGGAUUAUUUACAGAAUGCCACAUAAUAAUUGUUAAAAUAUUCUAAUAGAACAUCCACAAAGGGCUUACUUCAUGCUCAUAACACUCCUUUAACAAUUCUUUGUCAAAUAUCCAGGAAGAAAAACAUUGAAAUUGAUGUAAAGUUUGUGAAUAUGCAAUAUUUACAUUAAAAAUGAAAUUCCACUAUUUGGCCAAUGUAAAACUAAACAUUUAUAAAAUAUAUAAAAUUGUGCUAUCCAGCAUAUUUAUGAACCUCAGAAAACAGUCCUGAAUCUGUUCAUUUGGAAGUAAUUUCUACUCCUUAAUGGAAUUUGUAAAAAUAAUAAAAAUCUGAUAAAAUAAAAAAAAAUAGAGGUCAAGAGCUUAAAUACUUUAGACUGCAACUCAAGUUGUUCCCCUGAAUUAAGUUAGACUUACUCCUAAAUAGGAAACACAGAAAUUGUGGCAGACUGGUUGAGUCACAGUUGGCACCAUAGAUAAAAGAGAACAGCCACAUGGGAGGGGACAAAUAAGAAUAGGAAGAUAUUUCUUGCAAUUCUGUUUUCAAGAAGGCUUAUUGGGAAGAGCUAAUAAGUUCUGAAGAAAACAGUAACAUAUUCUAAGAACUGCCAGUUGGAACAUUUGGAUGUUUCAGAAUAAAUUGUGUCAGCAGAUUGCAGCCAAUGUGAUUCUUGGUAGCCACAAGGCAUCAAUGUAUAUAAAAAGUCAAACUUAGGGAAAUAUGCUUAUCUAUCCCCCAGUCCCUCAAAAACUUUGCCUUGCCUUCUCCUUCCCCUGCAUGGAUGGCCUGAUCACAAGCCAAGCACAGUAUUUCAAUUCCCUGUACAAUUUUGUUUUACCAAAAGAAAAAUAAAUAAAUCCAUGGGGCUAUAAAAACUGACAUUCUUGUAAAUUGAUAAAUCUAAAAAAAUCACACGUUGCAGCAUGCUAGUUUCAUUCAACACACACAUAUAUGUGUGUUUUGUGUGUAUAUAUGCAAACACCCCUACAUACAUGCACACAUUUUAGAAAAUAUAAUUAGGGGAGACACAGAACUUCUGGGCACCAAAGAAGGUGUCUGGGCAUGUUGAUGAUGCUCUUGCUGUAGCUGUAGGAGUCUGCCUUGGGUUGGAAUGAUAUAUAUGUCUGCAGCAGCCUUGUGCUUCUCAAGCUAUUCCCUUUGGAGGUGUCAGUGGUCAUGCAGGCUAAGAACUGUAGGAGUUGUAGAUCAGGGCAUCCCGAGGGCUUAGCCUGGACAUAAGAGAUCUAUCUUUUAUCCAAAAAUACUAUCAAUCCAAAAUUACUAUCAACUUACAGGUACGGAUUAAUAUGAUAUGAAUGCGUAAAACCUUGUCUUAAUUUCACGCAUUUCAACACUGAAAAUAUAUCAUAGGAACAACUUCAAUGUUCUCCAAACUUUCCAUUAAAAAAAAAAGUCAACAAUAGGAAAAGGAAAAGCAAAACAUCUUGAGCUUUACCUCCUACAAUGCUGAGAAGUAGA